AUGGCGCCCACCCGCAAGGGCAAGAAGGCGGCGGCGGGCGCGGCAGGCGGUGCGCCCGCAGCGUCAUCUCGCAAAGGUGCGGGCGGCAAGUUCGCCAAGGCGGACUGGAAGGAGGGCUUCAAGAAGAAGCAGGCGGGAGUGAGCGACAUGACCUUGUUGUCGACCAUCUCGAACGACGCGAUCAACGAGAACCUGAAGAAGCGAUGGGAGAACGGCGAGAUCUAUACCUAUAUCGGACACGUGCUCAUUUCCGUCAACCCCUUCCGCAUGCUCCCGAUCUACGACGAGACGACGCUCCGCUCCUACCGCGGCAAGAACCGUCUCGAGAUGGUCCCGCACGUCUACGCAAUCGCCGAGUCGGCGUACUAUGCGAUGCGCUCGUACGGGGACAACCAAUGCGUCAUCAUCUCGGGCGAGUCGGGUGCGGGAAAGACCGAGGCUGCGAAGCGGAUCAUGCAGUACAUCGCGGCGGUCAGUGGGGAAGGGUCGGGCGGCGGAGGCAUUGAGGAUGUCAAGGAGAUGGUGCUCGCGACAAACCCCUUGCUGGAGAGUUUCGGUUGCGCCAAGACGCUUCGCAACAACAACUCGAGUCGUCAUGGCAAGUACCUAGAAAUCGAGUUUGAUGCGCAGGGUGCGCCCGUCGGAGCAAUGAUCACGAACUACCUCCUCGAAAAGAACCGCGUAACGGGCCAGAUCAAGAACGAGCGCAACUUCCACAUCUUCUACCAACUCACGAAGGGUGCCUCGUCGGCUCAGCGCGACGCGUACGGCCUGCAAGGACCCGAAGCCUACGCCUACACGUCCAAGUCGGGCUGCCUCGAAGUUCCCGGCAUCGACGACACGUACGACUGGGCCGAGACGCUCAAGGCGAUGCAGAUCGUCGGCCUGACGCAGCAGGAGCAGGACAACAUCCUCCGCAUGCUCGCCGCCGUUCUGUGGAUCGGAAAUGUCGAGUUUGCGCCGAAUGAGGAGGGCAACUCUCGCGUGCGGGAUACGAGCGUGACAGACUUUGUCGCCUACUUGCUCGAGGUUGACCCGACUCGAGUUGCGAACGCCUUGACGAGUCGCAUCAUGGAGACGCAGCGUGGCGGUCGGCGAGGCUCGGUCUACGAGGUCCCGCUCAACCAGGCACAGGCGGCCGCAGUCCGCGACGCGCUCGCCCAAGCGCUGUACAACAACCUCUUCGAGUGGAUCGUCAGUCGCGUCAACGUGUCGAUGAAGAGCAAGACGCAGAGCUCGACCAUCAUCGGCGUCCUCGACAUCUACGGCUUCGAGAUCUUCGACACGAACCAAUUCGAGCAGCUGUGCAUCAACUACGUCAACGAAAAAUUGCAGCAGAUCUUCAUCCAGCUCACGCUCAAGACGGAGCAGGAGGAGUACGUGCGCGAGCAGAUCAAAUGGACGCCCAUCGACUACUUCAACAACAAGAUCGUCUGCGAUCUCAUCGAGGAGAAGCGUCCUCCUGGCGUCUUUGCGGCCCUCAACGACGCCUGCGCGACCGCCCACGCAGACCCGGCCGCCGCCGACAACUCGUUCACCCAGCGCCUCGGCGGCGUCAGCAACCCGCAGUUCGAGACGCGCGGCAGCAAGUUCCUCGUCAAGCACUACGCCGGCGAUGUCAUGUACACCGUUGCGGGCAUGACGGACAAGAACAAGGACGUCCUCUCGAAGGACCUGCUCGACCUCGUGGCCUCGUCCGGCAACCAGUUCCUCCAGACCCUCUUCCCCGACCGGCCCGACCCGAACAGCAAGAAGCGCCCGCCGACGGCCUCGGACAAGAUCAAGGCGUCUGCGAACGCCCUCGUCGACAAGCUCAUGCGUUCGCAGCCGCACUACAUCCGCACGAUCAAGCCAAAUCAGAACCGCUCGCCGAGCGAGUACGACACGAAGGCGAUUCUCCACCAGAUCAAAUACCUCGGCUUGCAAGAGAACGUUCGCAUCCGCCGCGCCGGCUUCGCCUACCGAAACACGUUCGAGAAGAUGGUCGAGCGGUUCUACCUCCUCUCGCCUGCCACCUCGUAUGCUGGCGACUACAUCUGGCAGGGCGACGCGCGGUCGGGAUGCGAGCAGAUCCUCAAGGACACGGGGAUCGCUCGCGAGGAGUGGCAGAUGGGCGUCACCAAGGCGUUCAUCAAGAACCCCGAGACGCUCUUCGCCCUUGAGUCGAUGCGCGACAAGUACUGGCACAACAUGGCGGCGCGCAUUCAGCGGGCCUGGCGCGCGUACCUCCGCCGCAAGAACGACGCCGCGCGCACAAUCCAGCGGUUCUGGCUCGGCCAGAAGGAGAACAUCGUCUACAAUCAGCUGCGCGACUACGGUCACCAGGUUCUCGGCGGGCGCAAGGAGCGGAGGCGUUACUCGCUCGUCAGCAUGCGCAAGUUCCUCGGAGACUACCUCGGCGUCGGCGAGCGGGACAGCGUGGAAGGAUCGCGUUUGCGGAGUGCGGCUGGCAUCGCUUCCAACGAGACGGUCGCCUUCAGCUCGCGGGUCGAGUUGCUCGUCUCCAAGCUCGGUCGCUCGUCCAAGCCGAGCCCGCGCUACCUCAUCCUCACCGACAAGGCCGUCUACAUCCUCAUCUCGCAGGCCGUGCAGAACCAGGUCCAGACGACGCUCGAGCGCAAGAUUCCCCUCGUCACGAUCCGCAGCGUCGGCCUGUCGAACUUGCGCGACGACUGGAUGGCGCUCAAUACGACGAGCCAGGAGGAAGGCGACCCGCUCAUCUCCUGCGUCUUCAAGACCGAGUUCCUCGUCCACCUCCAACAGCGGACGAACGGCGCCGUGCAGAUUAACAUCGGCCCAACCAUCCAGUACUCGAAGAAGAAGGGCAAGAUGGCGACAAUCUCGUUCAAGAAGGACGAGUCUAUCCAGCGCGGCGACGUCUACAAGUCGUCGACCGUCAGCGUUCCCUCGGGUCAGCCUCCAACGAGCCAGUCCGACCCGCCUUGCGCUCGCAAGCCGAGGCAGAAGAAGGCGGCAGCGCCGAGGCAGGCCAGCCGCCCGACUGGAGCGAAGCGACCGACGCCUCAGUCACUGCCAGGCGCCGCUGGUUUCGGUGCCGUCCCCGCCGCGCCCGCCGGCAUCCCUCGCGCUCCUCCCGCUCCUCAGGCUCCCGCCGCAAAAGCCGCCCCCGUCUCGACUGACCGCACUGCGCCGCCGCCACCGACUCGCGCUCCCGCUCCUCCGCCUCCACGGCCCGAGCCCGAAGUCGAGCAGUACAAGGCUCUCUUCGCGUUCGAGACCGACCAGCCGGGCGAGCUGCCACUGAAGAAGGAUGACAUCCUCGAGGUCGUGACGAAAGACGACGGCGGAUGGUGGCUCAUCAAGAAGGGCUCGCAAGAAGGCUGGGCGCCGUCGAACUACCUCCAACUUAUCCCGCCGAAGCCGAAACCCGCCGCGCCUCCUCCUGCUCCUGUGAGACGUGCACCGCCUGCCGCUCCGUCAGCGCCCUCCGCCCCCAAAGCUCCUCUCGCUCCCGCCAUCCCCGCUGUUCCGGCUGCACCGAAGGCACCGGCGGCGCCCAAAGCUCCGGCUGCUCCCUCUGCGCCCUCUGCGCCCAAGGCCCCAGCUAUCGGCCUUGGCUCGCGGACAGGCGAUGGCAAUGCCGCUCCUGUCGCGGUCAUGCCCGGCAUGGGCAACAGCGGAGGCCUCGCGGCAAUUUUGGCAGCGAAGCGGGCUCAGGCGGGCGAAGAGAACGGCGCGAGCACGCCGGUAAGCUCCGCAGGCGCUUCGCCCGCAGGUUCGCGUCCUGGAUCGUCCCUCGGCAAACCUCCCGUCGCGCCAAAGCCCAAACCGUCGAUCCCGCAGAAGCCUGGCGGCAUGAACGGCCGUGCACCUGCUCCCCCUCCUCCUCCCCCGGCCAGCAACCGUGCACCCGCUCCCCCUCCUCCCCCUCCAGCGCCUGGCGCUCGCGCCCCCUGUCCCGCCUCCGCCGCCAGCGGCUGGCCGAGCGCCUCCGCCUCCUGCGCCACUUCGCCCCGGCGCUCCUCCUGCGAUUGGCGGCCGUACGCCCGCUCCGCCUCCUCCCCCUCCGCCGCCUCCUCCUCCCGGCCCUGGACGACCCGCCGCGAACGGCGCCGCGCCGCCUGCUCCCGCGAUCGGCUCGCUGGUCAAGCCGACGGCGAAUGA